AAAGACUCUUUCUCUGCCUAUUAUCUGAGUGACUCGGGGUUUUGGUGUCUGCCUCCGAGCCUGUGCGUGUGUGUGUGAGUGUGUAUGUUGGAGGGAGAAAAGAGAUAAAGAGAGAGAGAGUAAGGGAGGGAGAGACCAGCAGCGUUUCUUCUCCCCCCUUUAGCCUCCCCGUCUCCCUGCUCCCUGUCACUCCAUCCUUCUUCCCCUCUCCUGGACCACCCUCCAGCCCUGCUUCAAGCCAAGACCGAGACCCCCUACCACCACCCAGACCACCCCGGGACCCUUUGACUCUCCUCACUUCUCCGUCCCACCUCUGAGCAGUUUUCACGACAAGACCGACUUCACUGGAUCUUCUCUGGAAAAGGAACUCGUCUCUUCGCCUCCCCUGGAGUUUGUCGGUCAACUCAACUGCACAAUACCUGCUGACAUUUCUACUUCCUAUAAUUAAGUUGAUCUUCUACACUUCUGCUGGCCAGGUGCAGCCAAGUGUACGGCCCAGACAUCCAGUCCUCUCAUUCUGCUGGAAGGCUGCCAGCCACAGGUCACAUGACCUGGAAGAAAAAACCUAGGAGACUUUUUGGAUCCCUCUUCGCGUGGGCUGGCUCUCAACCUGAAGGGAAGUCCAAAGGCUGAUGAACUGACCUCCGUUGCUCUGGUGUCCUAUAUGCCCUGAGAACACUACCAGCGCUAACCUGGUGACUGGCUGGCUGGAAUACCAUCCCACUCCUUCUCCUUCUGAGGACAUCCCAUUCCUGGACGGUGCUUUGCUGUCACUUCACCCCAGCAUGGAGCCCACCAAAGUCCAGUCAGAUGGUGGCCUCAAUGUCACCCUUACCAUCCGCCUCCUCAUGCAUGGAAAAGAAGUUGGAAGCAUAAUCGGAAAGAAAGGGGAAACAGUGAAGAAGAUGCGAGAAGAGAGUGGAGCACGAAUCAAUAUUUCCGAGGGCAACUGUCCUGAGAGGAUUGUCACCAUCACUGGGCCGACGGACACCAUCUUCAAGGCUUUCGCUAUGAUUGCCUACAAAUUUGAGGAGGACAUAAUCAAUUCCAUGAGCAACAGCCCAGCAAUCAGCAAGCCCCCAGUCACCUUAAGGCUUGUAGUUCCUGCCAGCCAGUGUGGCUCCCUCAUCGGUAAAGGAGGCUCCAAAAUAAAGGAGAUGAGAGAGUCCCUCACUCUCCUCCAGUCCACAGGCGCCCAGGUCCAGGUGGCAGGAGACAUGCUGCCCAACUCCACAGAGCGUGCUGUGACAAUCUCUGGGACCCCAGAAGCCAUCAUCCAGUGUGUCAAACAGAUCUGUGUGGUCAUGCUGGAGUCUCCGCCAAAAGGUGCCACCAUCCCUUAUCGCCCAAAGCCUGCCUCCACCCCGGUCAUUUUUUCCGGCGGCCAGGCCUACACAAUUCAGGGACAGUACGCCAUACCACACCCAGAUUUGACCAAGCUCCACCAGUUGGCUAUGCAGCAAACCCCCUUUACCCCUCUCGGACAGACCACCCCUGCUUUCCCUGGUUUGGAUGCCAGUCCACCAGCCAGCACCCAUGAACUCACCAUUCCUAAUGAUCUAAUAGGCUGUAUUAUUGGACGCCAGGGAACCAAAAUAAAUGAGAUUCGACAGAUGUCUGGGGCGCAGAUCAAAAUUGCAAACGCUAUGGAGGGCUCAUCAGAGCGCCAGAUCACCAUCACAGGGACCCCCGCUAACAUCAGCUUGGCACAGUAUCUCAUCAAUGCCAGGCUGACGUCUGAAGUCACAGGAAUGGGCACUCUCUAGUUUCUACCCAUCUUCCCUCAGAGCAUCACAUGACCCUUGAGCAAAUGGCAUUGCACCCAGUUUAUUCUUUUCUCUGUGUUUGACUGUCCUACUAUUUAUCAUUUCUAGUAUCUACUGUAAACAUGUGUAUCUGCACAUUUACUAAAGGAUUUCGCACAUUUAUCCAAAUCUCUGUUGUUUCUGUUUCUAAAAGGUCACUUUACUUUUUUGACACUCUAGUACCUUUCAUGGCAUCUCACACACUGCACCGCUUUCUUUUACCUCAUGUUUUGUCACUUUAUUUUAUCCUGUUUUGCACGGCAGGCACCUAAAAGUAAAUGCAAAGUAAACCUAAAGAGUGGCAGAGAAACUUUAACCAAAGCGGUAAUAUAAUUCACACGUUUCAUAUUGCAUAUGAAGACUACUACAGAAACUUUGUGAAUGCAUUACUUAACACAACAUUCAAAAAUAAACUUUAAAUCAGGUGUUUCAUUCCUGUUUACUCACCACUGAUGUCAUACUUAAUGAUAUCAGUGCUUUACUGUGUGUCUGCAGAUAUUUGCCUGUUAGUGUUAGGGUUGAAUGCACACAACACAAUGGUCUGCAUGACACCAAAAAACUGCAUUUCUAAUUUACUUUCAUAUUAAGCAGGUAGAAAAGAAAUGUAACGCGCUGCAAACAGUCAAUUUAUUUAGUUGUCACUCUGACUCCAAUAUGGAAUGACCUCAUACAAGCCAAUGGACAUCCACUGUAGCGCACACAUAUCAGUCUUUUGCAGGUUUUAUACGAGACGUGACAAAAAGGUAGGGUGGAGAAAUAAAAACAAGCAAAAGUAAAUGACUGCAGCAUGGAGUGAAUUCCAAAAUGCAUGAUAUAAAUAAACUCCACUCUAUUCACCUAUACUCCACCCAAAUGUAAUCAUGUUAUUCAUGCUGCCAUCUCGUAGCAAACAGGCCACAUGGAGAGGUCUGAGACUCGACUCAUGUAUAUUUACAGUCACACGUAGCCUAUUUAAGUUGUUAAGCGUAUGUCAAAGGGGCUGAAAGGCCCCUGGGAGGCGAGACCCUCAUUAGUCGAAUAAUGUUUUUCUUCUCCUUCCCCUCAGAAGCUUGACAUUUUGGUAGCAACAAACCCUUCCAGAAAUGGAAAAUGUGGCGUUUCUCGCUUGCAUGUAUGACACAUUGUAAAUAUAUGUUUUGACGUGUACAUCAACCAGUAAUUGGUUAUGCAGGUUAUGUCAUGCUACUUACAUCAUAAACAUGUUAAGAGCUUCUCUACAGUUGCCACGUUAAACAGUAUCUCCUUGGUUACACCAGGUAUCUCUUUAAGCUAUUGACCUGUCUUACUUUAAUAUGCACGGGUACCCAACCCCUAUCUGUGUUCAAACUAAAGCUGAAUGUAACAACAAAAAAAGCUUCAAAUGCUAACAAUUUAAACAUCGUACUCAAUGGAAAACACAUUUCAGGGUGUCUUCUGAACCAAACACUAUAACUAGGCGAGUGGAUCUGGAGGCAGGAUGAUUUAUUAAGGAGAGAAGAAAUGCUGAUUUAUCAAAGGGUUUCACAUUUCUAACAUGAAGCAGGAAACGUUGAAAUUGGGUCUGUUGCAGAUUAACUGUUUCAUAUGCUAAUCUGCAGUUGAUUAUACCAGAUGCAUACAAUAUAUUGUAAACAGUUUUAUAUUAUGUUGAUUGUUUAAAUGAACUUAAACCACGGCUCACUUGAUUUUGCAUACUUGUAAGUAGCCAACAGAGUAAUAAAUAGAUGUCCAUUCAUCUUAUCACAGUCAACAAGUGUUAUGCUAAUAUGACCGCUCAGUUUGGCAGCUUCUAUUUUCAAGUCACCUAGCCGUAAUGCAAGAACACAUUCGACUUCCAAAGCCUGGGUAUGCAUUACUUUGAGUGCUAAUUAAAUGAUUUUUUUGGGGGAAUAUAAUUUGCGACAUUGCAGUUUAGACUCAUUUCCUGUUCUUUUUGUUAGCAUCUAUUUCUACAUAGGUUGUGAUUUAGUCAUACAUUGCUGAAACAAGGCUACGUCACGUGGACAUGUUAACAUUUCACAUGUACACAUGGCUACACAUUUACAUUGCGAAUGUAAAUCUGCACAUAAGCGCUCGUCUGGCUGCAUCCAGAUGUUUUCCAGAUGAACAAACUGAGGAAAAGCUGAUCGAGGGCUGACAGGGUUUUUAUGUCUUUUUUUAAAAAUGUGUUUGUUUGUUUCCUAAUUCCCAUCGUUUACAGACUCAUAUCAUUAAAGUAUUUGAUUGAUUUCUUCUGUAAAGUGCACAUUAAAGGUUGUGUUUAUAGCUACAGUGUCUGAUGGAGGCUAACCAAAAUGUAACAUGCUACUUUACAGUAAGUAAGAACAUCUCGGUUGCCUCUUUGAUCGUCAUUAUCAGAGUUUACAUAAUCAUGGCGUUACUCAAGUGUGUUCAUCUCUCACAGUUCUCUAAAUGUGUUGCAUUGUCAUUGUACUUAUACAUGAACACUUUUUGUUACUGUGCUAGAGCAGCAAAAAAAUAAAGGUUAGCACUGUGUGGUGCUGUUUGAAGAAAUAUGACAGAUAUUAUAUAUUAGUUAAAUGAUUUGCCUUUUGGAGGUCUGUGUUUGGAUUUAUUUACUGAGGUUGAUUCUGAAAUGUUUUGUAAAAAGAGGAGAAUAAAGUUUGUGUUUUUCCCUUGA